AUGGUUGGUCUUAUUGCAUUUCUCCUUGUUGCUACAUGUCGUGCCAGUAAUGCCAAUAUCGUUAGCUUUGAUCAAAAUUAUGAAAUCAUAUAUGGGAAUGAUCAUAUCGCAUUCCUUAACAAUCAAAGAACAGAAAUUCAACUCUCAUUUGAUCAAUCUUCAGGUUCGGGAUUUGGGUCUAAGGAGAGUUAUGGCUCUGGAUUCUUUCGCAUGAGGAUGCAGAUUCCUGAUAAAGAUAGUUCUGCAAUUGUUACAACUUUCUAUGUGACUUCCCACACAAGCAACCACGACGAGCUUGACUUUGAGUUUUUGGGUAACUCGACAAGACCUUAUACUCUACAAACCAAUAUAUAUUCCAACGGUAUAGGAGAAAAAGAGCAAAGAGUUUUACUUUGGUUCGAUCCUACAACGGAUUUUCAUACUUAUGAAAUUCUUUGGAACGAAAAACAAGUAGUAUUUUUUGUGGACGGUAUUCCAAUUAGAGUGUUUAAGAACAACGCUGAGAUUGGAGUGAGUUAUCCAUCACAGCCAAUGCAGACAGUGGGAACUAUAUGGAUGGCAGAAUGGGCUUCUAAUGGGAAGCCACCAAAUUGGGCCGAUGCACCUUUCAAGGCCCAAUAUCAAGGAUUCAACAUUGACGGUUGUCAGGCCCCAGGCCCAACUGUCCAGCCUUGUUCUUCUUCCAACUAUUGGUGGAAUGGGGAGAAGUAUUGGAAACUAGACUCCAAUCAGCAAACAGCAUAUGAAGCUGUGAGAAGGAACAAUUUGAUCUAUGACUAUUGCUCUGAUCACAAACGAUACCCUCAAAGCCCUGCAGAGUGCCAAAGCAACCAAUAA